AUGGCCGCCUCACGCCUGGUCCCAAUCGCCCCGGCACCAGCCCAGACCUCUUCAGUCCAGGCACAGCAUGACUCUAAUCCCGACAUGCCUAAAAUGGGCUUCAACUGCCAGGCGUGCGCGCGCAAGAAAACCAGAUGCGACAGGAUAACACCGACAUGUUCAGGCUGCAGCAAAGCAAAGCUCCAAUGCAUCUACCAGGCUCCCCGACCGCGAAAGAGAAGGCGAGGCCCGUCUGAAGAUGUGCAGGAGCGGUUAGAGCAGUACGAGCGCAUCCUGCGCGACCAUAACCUGCUCCCGACAACUUCUACGUCGACCCCAUGCGACAGCGCAUCAGAGGCACCGAACCCACCAAUGUCGGACUCGCAGCCCGCAAGGUCGGGGAAACUGCGCUCCGCCGACGGCAAGUCUCGCUAUAUGGUUAAUGUCCUUCUUGACGUGGGAGAUGGGGAACUGUGCGAGGUAUCUGAUUCCGACCGAGAGGACGAUCCCAACGACGACACCAGGGCUGACGAGACCGCUUCGGCUGGUCUCCGUGGUGUUCUCGCAGCUCAGCCAAUCAAUGGGAUCUUUCUCGAGAGCACCCAGAGCCUCAGCGAGCAACACCCAAGCCAUGAGGAGGCGAAAAAGCUUUGGAAUGCGUACGUGCGCAACGUUGAGCCCCUAUGCAAGGUUCUGCAUGUCCCCACUGUUGCAAAAAUAGUCGACGCUGUCUCCAAAGAACCAUCGGUUGCCUCGAAGUACGAUGAAUGCCUGAUUUUUGCCAUCUACUAUUUUGCCGUGUUCUCCAUGUCGGAUGCGGACUGCCUGCAGGAGUUCCGCACAUCGAAGAGCCAUCUGAUGUCGAAAUACCGGGCUGCGGUUCACCAGGCCCUCAUCAAUGCGUCGUGGCUGAAAACUACAGCGAUGGGGGUCUUACAGGCUUACACCCUCUUCCUCAUUGCAAUGCGGACUCAAGUCGAUCCGGACACGUUCUGGAUACUGACGGGAAUUGCGAUUCGUCUUGCUCAACGAAUGGGGAUCCACCGGGAUGGGGAAGGUCUCGGAUUGCCACCGUUUGAAAUUCAGAUGCGACGACGGCUCUUCUGGCAACUGCUGCCGCUGGACAGCUAUGCCGGUCAAGUUUCCGGUACUGGGAUCUCGAUUCCGCCGAAUAGCUGGGAUACCGAGCAACCGUUGAACAUUGACGAUGAUCAAAUUUACCCUGGAAUGACAGAGCUUCCUCAACCGCAGAGGGGCGCCACGGAAAUGAUUUACUGCUUGUCACGGAUCGAGCUGUCCAAAUUCUAUACCCGGACGGGUAUUAAAUGGAAAGAGCUUGGGGCAACAGUUCAAUUUAGGGAUGCGGAGGAUAUUGAGCGACUCAUCGACGACGUCGAGGAUCGCAUCGAAACUAAUUUUCUUCGAUACUGCGAUAUCCUAAACCCGGUGCACUUUUUGACUUCUGCAAUGGUCCGAUCUGCGACAAAUGCGGUUCGUCUGCGGGCUCGAAUGCCACUGCUAACGAAGCAGUCGACCACAGACAAGCAAAGGAGAGACAUUUGUGCUCUCGCAGCCAAAAUCCUCGAUACAAACAUUGCGCUUUACAAUAACCCCAGCAUUCAGGGGUUCCGGUGGCAGAUGCAAGCCUUCUUCUUGUGGGAUGCGCUUCUGUGCAUCCUGCGUUCCCUCGCUGAUGGUAACCCUCAAGGCAUGGCACGCAAAUCCGCCAGAUAA